ACUAGUUAAAGUCACAAGGAAAGAUUUUUAUUGGCUACUGCUGCCGUAGGAAAGCCUACAUUAUGAACUGGGUUCUAGUUUCAUUAAAAAAAAAAACCAAAAUAAAAAAAAAAGAAUAGGGAUCUUGAAGGCCGGGGAAUGGUGCUGAAGGAUCUAAGGUGUUCGUGUGUGUGUGUGUGUGUGUAGAAACAAACGUGUUUCUUAUGACAGGAGCAGUGGAGCAAGCUGAAAACAACCAUCUCUGGAAGGGGCUGGAGCCCAAGGUGAUUUAUCUUCCUGAGUGCUCGCUCACACCUCAACGACAUGUCUACCACAUCUCCAGGAAACUGUGGGGUGGUAGGCUUAUGCCCCAAAGUGCAGAGAAAGAAAAUAUAAUCUUUACUUUGCUCCAGGGAUCUGCCUAUCUGUCACCAGGUUUGGGCAGGGGUGGGGAGGAAAUUUCCCAUACUUUUAGUUUUUCUAAGCGGGCAUUUUAAGGGGUGUAGUAUAGUCACGAAGGCAACGCCCUGAAGUGUUACUGUGCAGUCCUUUUUUCUUGCUGUCCCAUCCCAAGAGUGCUGUGGAUUUCAGGAUACUGUUAGUAUUUGAUUGGCCUGGCUUUAAGAGCCAACGCCAUACGGUGUGUUUUGCAAGGCCCAAAGUUGAUGAUAGGCUUAGAAUAUGUCUCAUCAACAAUUAAACGAAUGAAACCUGGAGUGCAAGCCGCGAUGCACGCCUGGCUUUACCACUUUCAAUCUGGCUAACUUUAGUCCUUCGUUCGUUAUUAUCCAGACCGCGUGCCACUUUCACAGCUUGUCUGUAAGUUUUGGCUUUGGGGUUCGAAAGUGGGAAACCGAGGCCGGCUUUCCUUUUGGACAAGAGGUUUAUCAGAGUCACCAACACCACGGACAGCACCGUGAAGGGGGCUCUGGGGAGCCCAGGCUGCGUUCCAGGGUUGGGGGAUUCCCUCCUUAAGGGUUAGGGGUCACGUGACUGGCCUGAUCACGUGACCGGCGGGACGCCCACAUUUUGUUGUUCACAGGCGGUCUCUGAAUCCGGUAUGCGGGCAAGUUUCGAAAAGCAAGUUACUUGGCUUCUGGAAACCAAACCAAGGUGUUUCAAGACUCGUCACUGACUCAUCCUACGUCUUCUCAAACCUCGCAUGGCUCACGUGACUCCUCCGUACGGCCCUCCUCUCCUGGAAGCACGUGGUCGCCCCUGACCCUCCUUCCGCUCAGCCUCAGGGUUCUGGGUCUCCGCGUCCUGCCGCGCCGCGGCACUCCAGUUCGCCUGCGCAGACGGAGAGGCCUGGCACACAGGUUAGUUUGCGGCGUGGCCGUAAAGCGCGGUCGCGCGUCGGGUACGUCGUGGGGCUGCUGGCGCCGCCGGCCAGCGGCGCUGGGGGAGCGCGGCCGGGUCCUAGUGCCCGCUGGCUGCAGGUUCGGGGCUCAAGGCGGGGCUCCGGGCGAGGCCGGCCACCUCCGAACCCUCGCGGGCCGCGCGCCAGGCGCCAGGCGCCGAUGGCCGGCCGCUCCCUGGGGCAGGCGGUAGCCACCGUGUCGCUCUCGGUGGCCCUCGCGUCAGUGACUGUCCGGUCCUCAGCCUGCCGCGCCGUCCCCGCACCCAGAAACACAUUUCCAACCUGUGGGUUCCACCUUAACGCCAACAUCAUGUCUGGUUCUAAUGGUGCCAAAGAGAAUUCCCACAACAAGGCCCGGACUUCUCCUUACCCAGGUUCAAAAGUCGAGCGAAGUCAGGUUCCGAAUGAGAAGGUGGGCUGGCUCGUUGAGUGGCAGGACUACAACCCAGUGGAGUACACCGCGGUCUCUGUCCUGGCUGGACCCCAGUGGGCGGACCCUCAGAUCAGGUGGAAAAGGGACGAGAGCGGGAAUAAGAUCACACACCCUGUCUCUGGGAAAUGCAUCUUGCAGUUCGUUGCCAUCAAGAGGAAAGACUGUGGAGAGUGGGCAAUCCCGGGGGGGAUGGUGGACCCCGGAGAGAAGAUCAGUGCCACCCUGAAAAGGGAGUUUGGUGAAGAAGCCCUGAACUCGUUACAGAAGUCCAGUGCCGAGAAGAGAGAGAUCGAGGAGAAACUGCACGCGCUCUUCAGCCAAGAGCAUCUCGUGAUAUAUAAGGGGUAUGUUGACGACCCUCGGAACACUGACAAUGCGUGGAUGGAGACGGAAGCCGUGAACUACCAUGAUGAAACAGGGGAGACCAUGGACAACCUCACCCUGGAGGCCGGAGAUGACGCAGGGAAGGUGAAGUGGGUGGACAUCAGCGACCAGCUCAAGUUGUACGCCAGUCACUCUCAGUUCAUCAAACUCGUGGCAGAGAAACGAGAUGCCCACUGGAGCGAGGACCACGCCGCUGACAGCCGUGGGCUAUAGCCUGUCCCCGUGAGCCAGCCGCUGCAGGCUGUACUGCAGACAGAAGGGCCACAGAACUGACACCCCACAGAGGCCACCUGGAAAUGCUUGCAACAGGGUGAAAUGCCUGGAUACGAUGAAGAACCCUGAAUGUACAGCUUUCUUCUCAAAGGGAUUAGAGACUGUCAUUUUGUAUAGAUUUAAGCAUGUCCGAACAAAAUUUAAAUAACUAAUGUUCUUUGAAAAAUUGUAGUUGCAAUAAAUAUAAAACCCAA